AUGCAGGUCCUGCGCAACGCGUUGUUCAUCGCAUACGGCAACGCCAACUUCACUCGAAGCGCCUUUCUGAAACACGCCAAGUCGUUUGAAGACGCUGACGAUCAGACGGCCACAGCAGGUGUUAGCACGGACGCUCGGCGGCUCGAUGAGGUUCGGAAUGCCGAAGCUGAGGUUCGGCAUGACGGUGCUACGGGCGCCGAGCCUGCAGCAGCGGACGCGCGGGGGCGGCGGGACAUGCAGGGUCGCGUGUGCGUGGUGACGGGGGGCAAUCAGGGCAUUGGUCGCGCCGCUGCUACCGCCAUGGCGCAGAGGGGAGCGACGGUGCACAUAGUGUGCCGUAACGAGGCCAGAGGGGCGGCAGCAGCCUCUGAGAUCGCCGCCCAGACAGGGAACGACCAGGUGUUUCUUCAGCUCUGCGACCUCUCCUCGCUCUCUCAAGUGCGCUCCUUGGCUGAUCGGCUAGCUGAGCUAAACACGCCCAUUCACGUGCUGGUGAACAACGCUGGGGUGAUGGAGCAUGAGAAGAAGACGUCGCCUGAUGGGUUUGAGCUCAACUUUGCAGUGAACGUGCUCGGAACUUUUGUUCUGACCGAAGCACUCCUGCCGUUGCUGCAGCGGGCAGCCUCAGAAUCAAAAGUCAUCACUGUGGCCACUGGGGGCAUUCUCACUCAACCGCUCAGCACCGAUCUGCAAAUGGAAGACACCAAGUUUGAUGGGACUGAUGCAUAUGCUCGCAACAAGAGAGUGCAGAUCCAAGGCCUCGCUGAGAAGGCCAGACGAGUGCGGCAGAUACCAUAG